AUGGAAAAGAAAGAUGCUAUAUUCGAAUUACCCUUAGCCGACGGGAGCGUAAUACCAAAGAUCCAACAGAAAAACAAUGAUGUUCCGGAUCAACUUUACGGGUGGCAGGGAACGAUGGAAUAUCCCCCCUUGUUUGAGCCGAUGGAAGAAGAAGAUGAAAAGAGAGAGAGAGAGAAAAGAGAAGAGGAGGGGGAGGGAGAAGAAAAGAGAAGAGAGGAAAAAGAAGAAGAAAUAGUAUCUGACAUUUAUGCUUAUCCUGAGGAAGAACAUCAUUCUGAGGAAGAAGAAGGAGAAAAAGAAGAAGAAAAAGGGGCUUAUGGGGAAUAUUUUGUGGUGAAAGAGAAAAUGGAGGAAGGGAGAAUAAAAACAAAAGUGGAAGAGGCUGCACAAGAAUUGGCAGAAUUUUCUCAAUAUACUUCUUCUUUAAUGGAUCCGGACUGGGAUUAUGACGCCCACGAAGCAUAUGAAAUACAGGAAAUGAAAAAGAAAAUGAACAAGGAAGAAAAAAAAGGAAAUCUAGGGAGCAAAAGCAAAUAA